AUGUCAGAUCCGCAAGUCCCACCAUUGCCGGCGACCACCACCGCUGCAGCAUCAUCUCCAGAUGCCGAAAUCGAUGCCUUCGUGGCUUGGGCUCAGGCUGUACUCGCUGAUAUCCCCGAGGCCGACAGAGCGGUGACCAACCCAUCCGACCUCUCUGAUGGCGUUGCUCUCUUUCAGAUCCUUGCCGACAUCGACUCCGACCUUUUCCGCAAUCCCCAUGCUGGCGACACAAAGGACAAUUGGGUGCUCACCAUCGGCACUCUCAAGCGCCUCUACAAGCUCAUGAUGCAGUUCUACUCCGAGAGCCUGCAAUGCGCCCCUGCCCCGCUACCAGUGCCCGAACUCAAUGCGAUCGCGCGCUCCGCCGACCCCGCUGAAGUCGCCAAGCUGUGUCUACUGGCCAUCGGUAUCGCUGUGCAGAGCGAGAAGAACGAAACGCACAUUGCCGCCAUCCAGACACUCGACCAAGCGCACCAGCAUCAGCUCAUGAUGUCGAUCGAGCGCAUCAUGUCUCUCAUCGCACAAGGUCAAGAGGAGCAGCAGGCCACAUCACUAGCCGACGACUCGAUCUCUUCCUCUGUCAUUGAUGGCGAAAGCGACAGCUUCGACGCAAAGCAUCAGGGUAAGUCGGUCGCUCAAUUGGCCGCCGAGCUCGAGGCAAUCCAGCUGCAGAAGGAGGACGUGGACAAGUCCUAUCUGGUCCUACUUGAGGCGCAUAGGGAGCUCAAGAACAACUUUCAAGACCUGCAAAGCGAGAAGGAAGAGAUUGCAGCCUCACACGAAGAGCAGAAGAAGCAGGUCGACGCAGAACGCAACGACGAGGCAGCCGUGCUGAUGCGGCAAGAGAUCGAGAGGCUGAAGAACGACCUACGUCGCAGCGAGGACACUGUUGCAGAGCUCGAGACCGACAACGAAAAGCUGCUCCAAUCGUCGGAAGAAGCCAAGCGCAAAAUCGAAGAACUCCAAAAGACCUCGGAAGAAGCCACUAAGCUCAAGGACCAGAUGGAGGAAUAUCGACAUGCCGCAGAUCGUCUGCAGAAGGCCGAGAACGCCAUCGAAAAGUACAAGAAGAAGCUCGAAGAGGGUGCCGACGUUCGGCGACAGCUCAAGACGCUGGAAGACCAGAAUGCCGAGCUGGUGGAUCGCAACGCCAAGCUGGAGGACGAGUACAAACGCGUCUCGGCGUUCAAGCCGCUCAUGGACUCGUACAAGUCGCAGAUCGCGGAUCUCGAGUCCAAGUCGUCCAAUCUACAACGCGAUCUCUCCACGUCCAAGUACGAGCAGGAGCAGAUCCUCUCGCGACUCAAGGCAUCCGAGGAUCAGCGAGCCAGCGCCAAGGAGGAGAUGGAAUUAUACCAAGAACGGAUCAAAGAACUCGAGCUUGGAGGUGACACCUCGUUGACCAAGCGCAAACAACUGGUGAGCCGCAACUCGAACGCCUCUGCUAACGGAGUCGAUGGUUUGGUUGCAGCAGAUGCGAGCAGAGCCAGUGCCGAAGACGCAGACGAGCUCGAGGAGGAGGAAGAUGUCUUGGACCGCUCAGGCGAACUUGAUGAUGCGCUGAGUGGCACAACGAUGACCGACCUCAAGAUCAAGGUGCGCAAGCUUUCACGCGAGCUGGAAGCAGCCAAGACGAACAAGGCGGACCACUCGCGCUUGAUCGUACUGGAGAAUCUGCUGGAAGAUGCACAACGCAUGAAGACUCGCUACGAGUCGGACUAUCUGCGAGAGCAUCGCGAAAAGAUGGUGCUGCAGAACCAGCUGGAAGCCAUCCGGAGCGGCAAGUCAGAUCUGGGCGACGGCACAGAGGCCGCGUUUGCACUGCGGCUGCGACUCAAUGAGAUGGUGGAAGAGCUGGACGCAGCCAAGCGUCAGGCCACCGAACUGGAGGUGCAGAACGAGCAAGUGGCAAGAGAGCUCACGAUAGCCAAGUCGGAUCUGACGCUGGUCAAUAAGGACCAGGUGGACAUCCUGCAUUCGCUGCGAGCCUCGGUGGACGCGGACAAGGACGAGCUGGAAGCGCACAUCAAGAAGCUCAAGACGGAGCUCGCAUCGAUCAACGAGCAGAACCGUAUGUACAUGGGGCAAGUGAAUGCGCUUCUGAUGGAGAAGGUGGAUCUGCAGGCCGAAGGGAUCGGACAACGGGACGAAGCGCUCAAACGCGAACGCACGCUGGGCGAGCUGCAGUCGCGUCUCAAGGGCAAAGGUCUGCCCAAGGAGGUGGAAGAGAUGGUGGCCAGCCUGCAGAGCGAAGCGCUUGGGUCGACACGCGAUCUCAAAGCCCUGCAAGAACGCUUUGCGAAGGCAAAAACUUUCAUCAAGCAGCAGGACAAAAGGAUCAAGGAGAAGGACCGAAGCAUUGCUGCAGCCGCCGCAGCUGGCAGUCUGAUGGGCGGCGGAGCCGGUCUCGAAGGUUCAACAGGACGAGGCGAUGCGAGCUACGAAGCGUUGGACCGAGAAGUGCGGACGUUGCGGGACAAAGAACGCAAUUGGGAUCGCGAGCAGAGGCUGAUGAUGUCGGCGUAUCAGGAGCUGGGUCGACGCUACAUGAUCGAGCUGGAAUCAGGACUCAACCCGAGCGGCGGAGGUGGUGUAGGUGGCGGCGCAGGCGGAUCGGGAGGAGGAGUGUAUGCCAGGCUGAGCUCGGCAUCGUUUUCGGCUGGUGGAGUGCGGGCGCUUUCCGGGUUGACCGGCCUGAAUGCAGCGGGCAGGAGCUGGCUUGUCAAUCAGCGCAGGACGGUGAACCCGACGUUGCAGCUCGCUAGCCGACGGUAG